GCGACGAAGAACCAAAUAAAGCUAGAAAGAUUUUCUCAGAUAGUUCGAACGUGCAAAUAUUAUCUACGGUGUCACUUGCCUGAUCUAAAGCCCUACCGAAUCCAACUGACAGUAGCGCCUAUCUGCACAUUUUGUCAUCGACGUUGCGCCCAGGCAGAUCAGUUGUUGUCCACGGGAGUAAAGCUGGCUAUGAAUUACUAGCUACUAGGACACCUAUGUAGCUAACGUUAAGCAACUAAUUAGCCAAUGCUCGAAGAGAAACCAGGGAGUAUUCAGGAGUCUACACCAAGAGCUCUGGAGAAACGGGUGAAAUAGCUAAAUGUCUUUACGCUGAAAAUGGGUGAUGACGUUUGUAAAUAACUAGAACAAGCUGGCCAGAGUAGCUAGCUAGCUUAGUAGUUUGCCAACACAACUGUCAAAGCCAGCUAGAUAGGGAUUUCUUUGCUACCACUAGCUAACUGAUUAUCCAUUGCUAAUGUUAUAGUAAUAACCUUAGUUAAUAGCUAACCCGUGUCAACGCAUAUGCUGAUAGUGAGUUAACUAGCUAGUUGGCUAUUUAGCUAGCUAGCUAUUAUGACAGUCGACACCUUGGUAGCUAGCUAGCUAGCUAGCGCCUGGAAAUCGAACGAGGGGGCUCUUCAAUAAGAUAGCUAACUUGUUAACUAACCUAAAUUGACUACGGUCAACCAAUUAUCCAAAUCGAAUAGUUAGCUAGGCGUUAUUGUGGAUAGGUAUUGAUUGCAAACCAAUCGGCACUUGGCUUUCACCACCGGAAAAUGAAGAAGUUCUUCGAUUCACGCCGGGAACUUGCGAGUUCUGGGCCUGGUUCUGGAGCAGGUGGAGGUGGCAUUGGGUCGAGCAGCAGCGUUGGCAGUUUUAUUGGACGGGUUUUCACCAUUGGACGGUAUCAAGUGACCGUUGAUGAAACUGUUGCUGAAGGAGGCUUUGCCAUUGUGUUCCUGGUGCGGACCAACCAGGGGGUGCGCUGUGCUCUGAAGAGGAUGUAUGUCAACAACGAGCACGACCUGCAGGUCUGCGAGCUGGAGAUCCAGAUCAUGAGGGACCUCGUGGGCCACAGGAACAUUGUGGGUUUCCUGGACUCCAGUAUAACUGCAGUGGGAGCAGGAGAUGUCUGGGAGGUCCUCAUCCUCAUGGACUUCUGUCGUGGUGGUCAGGUGGUGAACCUGAUGAACCAGCGUCUGCAGACAGGCUUCACUGAGGCAGAGGUGCUGCAGAUCUUCUGUGACACUUGCGAGGCCGUGGCCUGCCUCCACCAGUGCAAGACGCCAAUCAUCCAUCGAGAUCUCAAGGUGGAGAAUAUCCUGCUCCAUGACCGGGGACACUAUGUGUUGUGUGACUUUGGCAGUGCCACCAACCGCUUCCAGAACCCUCAGACAGAGGGCGUUCCGCUGGUGGAGGAGGAAAUCAAGAAGUACACUACUCUGUCAUACCGAGCCCCAGAGAUGAUCAACCUCUAUAAUGGCACGGUCAUCACUACAAAGGCAGACAUCUGGGCUAUGGGCUGCCUGCUUUAUAAGCUGUGCUACUUCACCCUGCCGUUUGGGGAGAGCCAGGUGGCCAUCUGUGAUGGCAGCUUCACUAUUCCAGAUAACUCCCGCUAUUCCCCGGACAUGCACUGCCUCAUCAGAUACAUGCUGGAGCCUGACCCUGAGAAGAGACCAGAUAUCUACCAAGUGUCCUACUUCUCCUUCAGGCUGGCCGGGAUAGAAUGCCCCAUCCAGAACGUACAUAACUCCCCUAUUCUUACAAAACUCCCCGAACCAAUCAGAGCCAGCGAAGCUGUGGCCAAAAAAAGUCAAUCCAAAGCCAGGCUCACAGACCCCGUCCCCACAAUGGAGACCUCCAUCGCACCCCGUUCACGCCCCAAAGCUGGAGGGACCCAGCCCAUAGGCAUCCUGCCCAUCCAGUCAGCCCUCACCCCACGCAAGAGACCCAACAUGGCUGCAGGAGGGCCCCAGCCCAUAGGUGUUUUAGCUGCCGCACAGCCUGCUGCUGCUGUCCAAUCAGUUCAGCAGGCACUUGCUGCACAGGCCACAUCCCCACUGGCUCAGACCACCUCUUCGCAACCCAUGGCCACGCCCCAGCAUCAGCAGGGUCUCUUCAUGAAGCAGCAGGCAGCCGCCUUUUUCAGCCCACAUCAGCAAGUCAACCAGCAUCAGCUGGUGCAGACCCUCUACAAACGGCAGCAGCCUCCCAUGCCGGCCCCCCAGAGCUCUGUGGCUAUGCAGCCCAAAGCUAGUCCUGUUGCUCCUCUGCAGCCACCAGCCGGCCCUGUGCCCCCCUCCCCCCAAACAGCAGCUCCCCCUCAGCCUGCAGCCACAGGACCUGUGGCACCUGAUUUCGACUCUGACUGUGACUCUGAGCCCACGCCUCUGGCAUCUGGCCGUGGGCUCCACAAGGUUGGCUCCCUGACGCCCCCCUCCUCCCCAAAGAUGGGUCCCCGGGGUGGCCACAGGCGCAUACUGAGCGAUGUCACCCACAGUGCUGUGUUUGGGGUCCCAGUCAGCAGGUCCACCCAGCUACUGCAGGCGGCUGCAGCCGAGGCCAGCCUCAACAAGUCCAAGUCAGCCAGCACCACCCCGUCUGGCUCCCCCUGCUCCUCCCAGCAGAGUGUGAACCAGCCAGGUGAGGGCGGUGCCCAGACAGCUCCCUUUGCACCGACUGGCAGCUGGAACCCGUUUGGUGACGACAACUUCUCCAAGCUCACUGCUGAGGAGCUACUCAACAAGGAUUUUACCAAGCUGGUCGAGACUACAACAGGGGAGAGGGCCAGCCUCUCCACAGAGAACCUCAUUCCAGGUCUGCAGCCUGUCUCUGCUGCUGGUGCUACAGGCAAGGCUUUCCCAGCUGAGAGAUCUGCUGACAUCCUGAGUUUGGAUGCAGGCUCAGAGAUGUUGAGUGGCCCGGACCCCUUUAACACACUCUCCCUCUCUGACACUCCAGCAGCAGCUAAGGCUGAUAUGUAUGUGGACUCUCUGAUCCUGGGUCUGGACACAGCCUCAGCCAGCCUGCCAGACCCUCUAGCUGGGGAGGACACUCUGCUGGGCUGCUCUCUGCUGUCUCACACCUCCACCCCUGGGGCUCAAACUGUCUGUGUACCUCCAUCCUCCUGCUCCUCUGCCCCCGCAGGCUCUGCCUCCUGUCUGGAUGAGCUGGCUCCUGUCUCAUUUGGCACUGCCCAAGCACCUGCUGACUCUGCUUACCUCAUGUCGGGCUUCCAGCCACCCGAGGCUGGGGAGAAGGGCACUGAGGACGAGUUUGACCCCAUCCCUGUGCUCAUCAAAAACACCAACAACCAAGGUGGUCACUCGCGCAGCAACAGUGGCAGUUCAGAGUCCAGCAUCCCCAACAUGGCCCGCUCCCUUCUGCUGGUGGAUCAGCUCAUCGACCUCUAGGGGGGUUGGGAGAGCGAGGUCGAAGGGGCAGCGUGCAAUCGUAACACAUAGGGGAUGGAGAGGGGGCAGCAGAGGCACUUCUGUAGCACCUUGCGAGGUGAAAUGGACUAGUGAAAACUUUCUCCGGUGUGCCUCCUUGCCCCCACCUCCAUCUCUUGCUUGCCUGAUACAAUGGUGGCCGUUGGCAUUCCCAUGUUGGUGUAACAACUUUGCAUUAACCACCCACCCUGACACAUUGUCUGCUUCUGUCUUGGCUGCGCUAUGGUCAUUAUCACGCUUUCAUCAAUCUGUCAACAUUCCUAAUUGUCCUUCCAUGCAGAUUCAACCCCACCUCAUGCACAUACUGCCUGGCUUGCCCAUAACCCGAUUAUCUUUGCUGGGUUCUACAAUGUUUGAUCACUUAUACAAUCCACCCCUGGCAUACCUAUUUGUCACAGGUCUGACCAUGUAACACAACAGUACAGUGCUUCUAUCUCUCCUGGUUAUCUGUAUGCACUCUUCCUGUAGCAGCUAUGACCAUGUAUAGUCUAUAGAGCAAAGCAGUUGCCCUUAAGAAAAGCAUAUGCUGACUGAACUAUCCAGAGCUGCUUGCAUUGGGCAUACAGGGGAGACUAAUAAUGACGAUAAGCUGUCAGUCCUUGGUCUUCUGCUGUGUGUUUAACUGUUAUCAAACUGCUGUGAUCCACUGCUGCCCCCUGGGAAUGUUUGGCUUUCUGUUGCAAAUGUUGUAAGAUGUCUGCCAUUGCGCUUGUGCAACGUGCACCAUUACGGUAGACAUCUGAUCUCUACAGGCGUCGCCAGCUACCCCCAAACUGGCGCUGAUAUUCAGGUCUGCUACAACAACCAUCUCCUUUACUGUGCAACCAUGUUUAUCUUGGCUGUGUUUUACGUAAGAGCUACAAUCUGUUUAUCUGAAGGUUUCCUGGGAUUAUUGUUCCUGUGCUGUGAAUUUCCUGUAGUCCUCCUUUAAGAUUAUAUUGAGCUGGUCCAUUUUUUUCCUCCCACUAUGCCCUUAAGUCUAAGAAUUGUCUGGAAAGGUUGAUGCAAUCGUGGUAUUAUUCUAAAUGUGUGUGAUUCAUUUGAAUGCCCUUGUCUUUUGGUUAUGUGUAUUCCAAUAAGAGCUUUUAUUGGGUUUAUUUGGGUUUGUUUGUUUCUAUUCUCGGCCCAUUGGCAAGGUUAGCAGCUGUAAAUUCAGAGUCUGCGAUAGAAAAGAGUGCCAUAUUGAGCAGGGGAAUAAGCAUGAGAAUAAGACUCGCAGGUACAACAGAACUGUGCAGUGGUUGUUUAAUGAGUCGGUUGAUAUUCACCAGUGAGCCAGCAGAGCGAGAACUAGGUGCAGCUUGGGUUUUGUCUGUCUGCUUGUGUUGCGCUGGUAUAGCCAUACAGUACAGGCAAUCCGUUUCUCUAUUUGUUCCAUGUGCCUCUGUUGCACAUGUUCAUAAUCAUUCAUAUCCACCUCCCUUUUGUCCGAUCUGCCCAUCCAUACCACACACACACACACACACACACACACACACACACACCUUGAUGUUGCUUGCCUAUGAUGUAAUGUCCAACUUAAAUCUGGACAAAUCCAUUCCCCACCAACUCUUAUGUAUAUAAUACCACUGUUUCAAUGUCCUCAUUCUCCCUUUAAAAAUGUACUUUAACUACUACUUUCAAAGUGUUUUAAUAUUUAAAAAAAUAUAUAUGUUAUGAAUAAAUGUGACUAUUGAUAGUACCAUAGAAUGAAUGUAUGAAGUGAGUCAAUAUGAAAUAUAUAAAGUUCAUAACAAGUACAUAUACUUGAAUGAAAAAAAUGUAUUUCUGUGUAUUAUUUAUGAAGCUGUAUUUAAGAGUACUACCAUCCUGUCCCUCCAUUUUGUCCACAGUAUUUGUGUCUAUCCUUCUUGGUCUUGUGGAAGACUAUUUUAGCAUAGGGAAGCAACUAGCCCCAUGGUUUUAACUAUCUUAAUUUGGUUGUGUUCUGAGGAUAGCUCUGUGCUUGUUACUUACUGUACCUUAUUGAGGUAUUGUCAUCACACAUCAUCCCUGGUUUUGACUUUUUUCUAGUUUGAUUUUCUUUCUCUGAGCUGUAGUUUAUUUAAUAGCUUGAAGGGAAUAUAUUUCUUCCACCUCAUAGAGCCCUCCCUCUGAAAACAGGGUUUAUGACGGAAGGGUCUUCCUGAUAUCUCUGUCCCUUAUUUUCCUCCUUUACUGUUAGCUUAUGUUAUACAUUUAGGGGUUAUCUAGCUUACCUACUUACAAGUUACAGUGCAAUUAGUAUAAUUUGUUGGAAACAGAACCAACAUUUGUCUUGACUCCUCUUUAUCCUCCUCCCAGCAAGCAUAAUCAGUGGAUGUGAUGCACUACAUUGUACCCAACCUUGAUUGAUCUUCUGAGGCAUAUCAAAAUGAUACAGUAUUUCAGAAACUGAAAUGCAACCCGUAUAAUGCAUGUCAAAAAGUUUUGUUUCCAUACUUGGAAAGUAUACAAAGCAAAAUGAUACAUUUCCGUUGAUGUUACUGCUAGUAUCUUUGAGAUAAACAUUGUUUUACCCCUCACCAAACCAUAUAUUGUAUAGUAAGUUUUAGAAAUUGGCCUAUGGAAUCUGAAGUGUAUGGACAGAUAAUCAGUAAAGCUACUCUUGUUUCAUUUUUAUUCAUUUUUCUCUCUGAUCUACUUGUUGUACAGUUCAGUCUUCUGCAGGUUUUAGUGUAGCUAACCUAUGCAAUUCUACAGUAGUGCUCAUAUUGUUCUUAGACACCACAGUGCUGUAUUCAGUAGAGGUCUAGCCUUGCCAUUAGAGUUUUAAAUUGUGUUGCUGUGAAACGGAUGUACCUACUGUGUUUGCUAGGGGAAACGGUGACAAGUAUAAUUUGAUAAAAUGAAAACUGUUGAAAUGAACAAACAGCAAAUGUUAAUAUGUGAAAGCAAAGAGUUAUCUAGUGUGUACCUUCUAUUUUUAUGAAAUUAGAAAAAAAAGAAACCAAAGGGACCUUAAAUAAACAUGUAAACGUGGAUGGAACUAGUCUCCUUGGUGUCUUUCAGUUCACCAGUAGGAAAUGUAGUUCAAUAUAUGCUAGUGUUAUG